AUGGCUUUUCCCAUUAAAGAAAGAAGAAAGUAUGAUUUAUUAUUCCAAUAAAGUAAAACCUUAUCAAUAGACCUUGAAAAAAUUUCCACAGUUAAAGCCAUUUACAACAGAGUACCAGGCUUAUAAGUAAAUACCAAUUAACUAUAUUUUAAUUAGGUUGUAAGCAACAAGAAACAUCUAGGCAUGAUUUUCCAAAGAUUUUAUAAGCAUUAUGAAAACGAUUUUAACUUUGCUCCACAAACAUUCGCCUUACCAUAAGAAUCUGAGGCAUUAUAGAAUUACAUGAAAAAGUAUAAAGAAAAGACAUUUAUUGCUAAGCCUUAAGGAGGUGCUGAGGGACUAGGAAUAUUUCUUUUGAAAAAUUUCAAAGAAUUACCUCCUUAUACUUUUUAGCAGGAAUACAUUGUGUAAGAAUACUUGGAUAAGCCCUUACUUGUUGACAACAAAAAAUUUGAUUUGAGAAUAUAUGUUAUGGUGACUUCAGUUGAUCCCUUAAUUGCAUAUAUAGCAGAUGAGGCAUUAGUGAGAUUUUGCACUGAGGACUACUAAAAACCAGAUAGAGAUAAUAUGCAUAAGAUCUUAUAGCAUCUGACGAACUUUUCUUUAAAUAAAUUAAGCGAUAAAUAUGUCAACUGCUAGGAUAUUAAUGAGUAAAAUGAAGCAACUAAGAGGACUCUGACAGCUUUAAUGCAAACCUUGUCAACAUAAGGUAUUGACACAGACUACCUCUUUGAAUAAAUCAAAGAUUGCUGCACUAAAGCAUUGAUAGCUAUUUAGCCAUUUGUACUGAGGGAAUAAGAGUAGAUGAUAAAUAUGCAGAAAGCCUAAGGUGACUGUUUCUAGAUUUUAGGGUUUGAUAUAUUUAUCGAUGAUAAGUUAAAGGCUUGGUUAUUCGAAAUCAAUGAUCACCCAUCUCUAAAUAUAUUCAUUGAAAAAGAGGGUGAGAAAGGACUUAUUAAAGAGCCAUCUGAGAUAGACAAAUAUAUAAAAAUGAAGAUUCUAGGUGAAGCAAUUUAACUGAUGAAAAAAAAGAAUUUAAAUAGAUCUGAAAUUGAAAGAUAUAAGGGCUGGAUUAAACUAUUACCCUCCAAUGAAUUUGAAGGUUAUGACUCGUUCUACAAGGCUAAGUUAAUUUAUGAUAAACUAGUCGCAAAAAAAGGAGGGUCAAUGUCCUCAAGCAAAUUCUCAAAACUUGCUAAAUUUAAAGGCAUGGUAAAUCCAAAUAUGACUUAAACCAACUAUGAAAUACUUUACAAGAAGGUCUUGUAGUAGACUACUUCAAAACAAAUGACCUUGGAAAUUUUCUUCGAUGCAUUAGAAAACUUAGCUGAUGUUCUCUACCCUAUGGAAUUAGAAAAGGUAGAUAUGCUUAUUUCAAAUAUCAUAAGCAAUAUGCAAUGA